UGCGCGAUGCAGCAGUCCCGUCAAAAACCUCCAGGUCCACCUCCAGCAGCCAGACCACUAUACACCUGUAGUAUCACUUUCGCGUCGCUUGGAUUACAGAAAAACAAACAAACAUCAGUCAAAUAUGACCGAAGCCUCCUGGAGGCACAGCGCCGGGGCGACAUAGACGCGUGUGGUUCAGGACAAAGAGGGUCAUCCUCGAAAUUACGAUGCAUCUCACAGCGGUGGUCUUAAUUCUGGUCGUGACAGGCAUCGCCAAAGGUUGGGAAUGCAGCGCAGGGUGCAAUACAGAAAAUGGAUUUUGUGAGAAGCCGGGGAAGUGCAGGUGCAAACCAGGAUGGCAAGGAGACAACUGCGACCAGUGUGUGCCCUUCCCCGGCUGUCUGCACGGCUCAUGCGAGAAGGCAUGGCAGUGUGUCUGCAAGGAGGGCUGGGUGGGCAGCCUCUGUGACCAAGACACUCGCCUGUGCUCAUCCCGGCCUUGCGUUAGCAAUGCAACCUGCAUAGAGACGGGAGAGGGGGGAUACCUGUGCGUCUGUCCCCGUGGCUUCGCUGGAGAAAACUGCCACCUGCAGAAGGGACUUUGCCUGACAAACGGCUCUCCUUGUCAGAACGGGGGCACAUGUAUGGAUGCCGAUGGCUCUGCAGCCUCCUCCUCCUGUUUAUGUCCCCCUGGAUUUUCCGGAGACUUCUGCGAGAUAACGGUUGACAGCUGCCAGCUUAACCCAUGCCUCAACGGAGGCAACUGUACAAACCACGGCCUGGCUUUCACGUGCGUCUGUCCUCGCGGCUUCGCCGGUUUCACUUGCAACGACAGCGCCAGCCUCUCUCCCUGCGCGGGCCAGCCCUGUGCCAACGGGGGCACGUGUGUAGGUCAACCCGAUGGAACCUUCCGGUGCAUUUGCCAGAAAUGGUUUACAGGUCCCACAUGCUCCCUGCAGCACAGACCGAAGACCCGGGCCAAACCGGUCGGUGCCAGACCCGUGGACCACAGGGUGUUUGCUCUCACGCCGCAGCACUACUCCCUCCCAGCUCAUGCCUUCCACAAGCUCCUCAGACCGCCUGAGAGAGACCUGCUCAAGAUCACCCUGAAGGAGACUGUCCACUCCUCCGGCGUCCUAGUUACCCACGGUCAGCUCGUCUGCUUCGGCAUGUUGGCCCUGCUCACCUGCCUGGUCAUCAUGGGCACCACAGGCAUUGUGUUUUUUGGCCGCUGCGAGACGUGGCUGGCUAAUGCCAAGUACAGCCAGCUUGUUCGACAGCAAAGGGAACACCUGCUGAGAGAAGCCGGCACGACAAGCCAGGAAGAGCCAGAGCACUCAGUAAACAUCAUCCUGCCGGAGAAGAUUAGACUCUCCAGCUUUGGGAGACACUACACCUCCAUCUGAUUAAAUCUCUCCCUCUUCGCCGCUCCCUGUGGAUGGAAUCUAAUAUGAAUGUCUAAAAAUAACAGCAAAUGAAUGACUGUUGUAUUGCUGUGUUUAUAGCGUGACUGAUCCUGGACCAACCUGGAAUACAACUGAAUGUAGGGUCUUCUGGACCAAGUGGACAAACGUGACGCUGGAUUGUAAAUGUACUUGUAAUCAUACAGUUAAUGUACAACCCAGAAAAAAAUGUGUAAAACUAGAAAACACAAAGCCCCUUGACGGCUGCUAAAAGGAUGUCAUUCUGUGGCAUUUACGUCCAUUUUUUAGAUUUAUAAAAUCAGCUCUUUGUUACAGGUUGAUUUGGGUUAUUAUUACAAAAUGACACAAAUUUUCCCAAACAUUUUGUUCAUUUAGCCAAUUCUCAAGAAGAAGAAAGAGUUUUCUAGAGCCAGAUCCUCCCACGUCUUUUGAUAAAUCUAAUAGAUCCUUCAAAAUAAAUAAAUCGGAACAUUAUAAAAUACUUUGUAGAUGAAUUAAUAACGAAAAUGAUUCACCAGUUGUAGGCUGAACCAUCUCUGUGUAACAUUGUGAAUUUGCCACAUCGUAACAAAAGAAAGAAAUGCAUAUUGUGCGUUUGUACAGACUGUGCAGUUAUCAAGUGUAGAGGCCACUCAAACCCUGCAAGUUAUAACCCAACAGAAUGUGGUUAUUUACAUAUAAAUGCAACACUGUAGGUAACAAGAACUAAUAGAGUCUGAUUGCGUCUCUGAAACCUUUCAUGUGUUGCAGUUUUAUAUGCAUAGAUGUCUGAUAUGAAGACAAAGGCUAUUUUACAGUCCCUCGUGAAAUGACACUUUCCAUCUAUUUGCAUCCAUGCAGCGAAUCCCCUCUUCUGCGAUGGAUCCUUCCAAAAGUCAUUUCUAGGGGAUUUUCUAAGAUUUCCAGACGUUGCUUCCUACUGCCAGUGUCGUACUCACAGGUGAUGAACCUGGAAUCAGUACUGUAACACCUACUGAGUCAUAUUGGUUUUCCACCUGCAUGAGAUGGCCACCCAUUCUGGAUGGAGCACAAGUCAUUUUCAUGAAUGCUAAAUGUAUUUAAAAAAAAAAAAAAAAAAGACAAAUAUGGAAAGCACAUGCUUGUUACACAAUAAAUAUACAAUAUCUAACACGUGGAACAUGUUGCAUGUAAAGUAUUCAUGAACUGAUGAUAUGAGGGUUAUUGAGAUUACAGGUUGGGUGAUUUUGCCUCUUCUCUUCUCAUCAUUUCUGACAUUCAGCCUCAUGUGGUGCUGUUAAUAUGGUGAGCAUUGUUAAUCAUAAACCUCUCUACUGGGUGGUUAUCUUGUGCUCAUGAUGUCACAGGGUUGCAUUUGAGUUUAAGUACUUUAUUCUGAGAUUAUUUGUUGUUGCUACUUGGACCAGAGAUGCUUUCGUUGUCUAAUGCUUUGAAUAAAAUAUGUCGUCCACUUGAAAAAGCC